AUGUCGAGCGUCCUCAUCCAGGAACAGCAGAACCUCCAUCGCGGUCUUGCGCCAACGGUGCCCCGAGACUCCACCCACCACUCGCGUCUUGCUGUUUCGAAACAACAAGGCCGAGUCCGUAUCCGCAUCGGUCUCCAGGCGCUGAGUCUGGAUGUACUAAGGCGGAAGGCAGAUGAGUCUGCCGGUAAUUAUGGUCCAGCCAUCAGUGAUUGA